AUGGAUCCAUAUCUAUCUAUCUAUCUAUCUAUCUUACUAUCUAUUUAUGUUGCUCUUAUCUAUCUAUCUAUCUAUCUAUCUAUCUAUCUAUCUAUCUAUCUAUCUAUCUAUCUCAGUCUUUUCCUAUAUAUCUAUCUAUGUGACUUAUUCAUAUCGAGAUAUCUAUGUGAGUUAUUUAUAUUUAUCUAUCUAUCUAUCUAUCUAUCUAUCUAUAUAUAUAUAUAUAUAUUUAUUAAUAUCUAUCUAUCUAUCUAUCUAUCUAUCUAUCUAUCUAUCUAUCUAGCUCAGUCUUUUCUUAUCUAUCUAUCUAUCUAUCUAUCUAUCUAUCUAUCUAUCUAUCUAUCUAUGUUUAAUCACAUCUGCAUCUUCCUUUUCUUUUUCUUUCUUUCUUUCUUUCUUUCUUUCUUUCUUUCUUUCUUUUUUCAUAUACUUCUCUGCGUCUUUUUCUUUCUUUCUAUAUUUUUUUUUUCUGCCUUUAUAUUUUUCUUUUUCAUAUUCUUCUUCUUCACCUCUCUUUUCUUUCUUUCUUUCUUUCUUUUCUUCACACCUCUAUUAUACUUUUCUUUCGUCUUUCUUCCUUUCUUUUUCUGCCUAUAUUUUUCUUUUUUAUUCUUCUUUUCACACCUCUCUUUUUCUUUCUUUCUCUUUUCUUUCUUUUCUUUUCAUACCUUUCUUUCUUUUUUCUGCGUCUUUCUUUUCUUCUUUUCUUUUUCUGCCUAUAUUUUUCUUUUAUUCUUCUAUUCUUCUUCACUUCUCUGCGUCUUUCUUUAUUUUUUUCUAUAUUUUUUUUUUCUUUCUUUCUUUUCAUAUACUUCUCUGCGUCUUUCUUUCUUUCUUUUUCUGCCUAUAUUUUUCUUUUCAUAUUCUUCUUCACACCUCUAUUUCUUUCUUUCUUUCUUUCUUUCUUUCUUUUCAUAUACUUCUCUGCGUCUUUCUUUCUUUCUUUUUCUGCCUAUAUUUUUCUUUUCAUAUUCUUCUUCACACCUCUAUUUCUUUCUUUCUUUCUUUCUUUCUUUUCAUAUACUUCUCUGCGUCUUUCUUUCUUUCUUUUUCUUUUUCUGCCUUUAUAUUUUUUUCUUUUCAUAUUCUUCUUCUUUUUCUCUAUUUCUUUUCUUUCUUUCUUUCUUUUUUCUUUUCAUAUACUUCUCUGCGUCUUUCUUUUUUCUUUUCUUUUUUCUGCUUUUUUCUGCCUAUAUUUUUCUUUUCAUAUUCUUCUUCACACCUCUAUUUCUUUCUUUCUUUCUUUCUUUCUUUUCAUAUACUUCUCUGCGUCUUUCUUUCUUUCUUUUUCUGCCUAUAUUUUUCUUUUCAUAUUCUUCUUCACACCUCUAUUUCUUUCUUUCUUAUUAUUCUCUGCAUCUUUCUUUUCUUUCUUUUCAUAUUCUUUUCUUUUUCUUUUUUUUUCAUGAUUUCUUUUCAUAUUAUCCUCUGCGUCUUCUUUUCUUUAUUUCAUAUUAUUUUCUUUUUCUUUUUUCUUCUUUCUUUCUUUCUUUAACAAGUCGCUCUCUUCUAUUUCAUAUUUCUGUACGCUGUCUUUCAAUCUUUUCUUUCUUUCUUCUUUCUUUCUUUCUUCUUUCUUUCUUUCUUUCUUUCUUUUCCUAG